CUCCCUCUCUCGUACAGGCAUAGUAAACCCCUUAUGGCACUCCCUACUCACAAAAUGUUGUGUAUCCUUCCAAGUAAUAAAUAUACAACCCUUCCUCUCUUGUGAACCUCCAUAAAUACUCUCAUCUCCAUACCCUACUCUCUCUCUCUCUCUCUCUCUCUCUCUUCAUCUUCUCUUCCUGCUAGCACAACCAUCUUGAUAACAGCUCAAGAGGGCUUGCCUUGUUUUUGGUUUAUGUGAUCAUGGGAAUUCAGAAGCCCGCAUGGUUGGAAGCUCUCUACUCACAGAAGUUCUUCGUGGGUUGCUCUUAUCAUGAAACUGCAAAGAAGAAUGAAAAGAACGUUUGUUGUUUAGAUUGUUGCAUUAGUAUUUGCCCUCACUGUGUUCCAUCUCAUCGCUACCAUAGGCUUCUUCAAGUUCGCCGAUAUGUCUAUCAUGAUGUUGUGAGAUUGGAAGACCUCCAGAAGCUUAUAGAUUGCUCAAAUGUGCAGGCCUAUACCAUAAAUAGUGCCAAAGUAGUGUUCAUCAAGAAGAGACCUCAGAACAGGCAAUUCAAAGGCUCUGGAAACUAUUGCACUUCCUGUGAUAGAAGUCUUCAAGAACCCUUUAUUCAUUGCUCUCUAGGGUGCAAGGUAAGCCUGUCAAAAUUUUAAUUUAUCCUUAUGUUUUUACUUGAAAAUUGCUAGUAGGAUUUUCUCGGAUAAUCACAUGAAAUAAUCAACUCUAUUAUCAAUUCAAGAAAUUGCAAUUGAAACAUAAUUAAAAAUCUACAAUCUUGGAGAGGGUAUCUUAGUUCAUAAUCAUACAUAAUUUAUUUGUGUGAUUCAUUUUUAUUAUUAUAGGUGGAGUUUGUGCUGAAACACUAUAAGGACCUCUCUCCAUACCUAAGGAAAUGCAACUCUUUAACACUUGGUCCUGACUUCUUCAUCCCUCAAGACAUGGGAGACGAUGAGAUGACGAAUGAGACGCCACAUUCGACGAUCGUGGACUCCGACGAGCCGAUGAGUUGGUCUUCCGGCUCAUCAGCAUCGGAGAAUAUGAGCAUGGCAUGCACUCAAGAGAUUGUACGGAGGAAGAGGAGUGGAUUAUACGUAUGUGGAAGAUCAGCUAAUAAGGUUUCGGAUGAGGACAUGGCUACUAGCAUGAGUAGAAGAAAAGGGAUCCCUCAUCGAUCUCCUUUGUGUUAAUGAAUAAAUUAGCAAAAUUAUUAACAAAAACAAGAAAAAUUUUAAUUACCACUGCUACUAUAAUUAAUCUUUAGUUUAAUUUGAUAUUUUGACUGAAUCAGUCCCUUCAAAUGUUCUAUCUCUUUCUUUUCAAUUUAAGUUAAUUAAUCA